UAAUCAUUCUAUUUUUGUCUGGGAUACUGCACAACUAUCUAUCUUACCUAAUUAUAAACUUAUCAAAGAAGUAUAUCAAGAUCAUAAUCCCAUUUAUGUUAAAUUACAAGUACCUAAAAUUAUUGCUGAUAUUAAUGAACAAAGUUUAGUUCCUUUAAUUCCAGGCUACCUUAUUUUUAUGUUUUUUGGAGGUGUUUAUUGUUCUGUAAAAUUAGGUGAAAAUGAAGACGAAAAUAACUCUAAUAGUGACGAUGAAAUUCAAGAACCUAGAACAAAAGACCAAGAAUUUCAAGAAUUAAUACAAUCUCUUAUUUCCAAAGGAAGAUUGGGAUUAUCAGUAAAAAUUAUAGUUACCUGUUAUCAAUGUCAAACUAAAACUUUUUAUGGAAAUGAAAAAUUUGGAAUCAAAUUUUCAGACUUAGUAGCAGCCGCAGGAUUAGCUAGUAGUGUUAAUUGUGAAGAGUGGUCAACAAUGCUGUGUUUGUAUGGAAUAACACGUCAAAAUGGAAAAGCACAAUAUUUUCAGAAACAAGAAAAAUUUUUUAAUGGAAUAAAAACUGCUGCAGAAGAGAUCAAUCAAGUAAGAUGGAAACGAUUUGAGCAACCAAUAAUGAAUUUUUAUACCAAAAGCGUUUACGCUGCUGUUGCACAAAUGCAAAAUCCUGAUAUUAUAUCACCAACCAACAAUGAUCUAUAUAUAAUGCAGAGCGAAAUAUGUGUAAACCAUUUUCUUGAUAACCACAAUAAUUGCUGGCCUGAAGUUUGUUGGAAAGUUCAAAAUCCUGAUCUUUUUUUAGCAGAUCCUAAUUUAAUUGAAUAUACUGAAAGUCAAGCAAAUGCUCUUAAAGAAUUUUUAGAAAAACAUACUAAACUUCCACAAAAACAAAGUUUAAUAACAACUAUACGAACCAGUAUGAAUAAAGCAUUCAACCGUGUUAAAUUAAACUAUGCUAAUAAAAAGGUUGAUUAUGCAAAGUCUUUUUCUGCUCAGCACGGGCUUGCAGUUUUACACAAUAAUAAUGGUUUUUUAGAAAUGCUAGAAAUUGUUAGAUGGGCAGAGAAUCUUUUGAAAUUUUCUGAAGAAGAUCAAAUCAAUAUUGGAAAAAUCUAA